GCUCGAACUACCUCCGUGUUUGUCUUCUACUUCAUCGUAUCUAUCUCAGGGCUCACGUCCAUCCUUUGUUGUUCAUUUCCUUCUGCAUUGUUGUAUGUUUUCGCUUUUCAUCGUCGCUACCCAAGAUUUUAUCACUGGCGCAGAUUUUUCACUAGCACAGCAAAUCCUCCUCCUACCGAAUAAAGGAAGAAGCACCACCUCCUUCAUCAAGAUGUCGGGCAACCAACUAGAACCGUUCCAACUUUUCGACUCGUCGAUCGAAAAGAAUCCGAAGCUCCUCGCGGUCACCUUCAUUACGAUGGUACUAACCGUCUGGGUCAUCCACAAAAAGAGCCGACCAACAAGUGCUACUAGCACCGCCCCCGCGGGCCCCGCCCGGUUUUACGAGCGCCUAGCCAACGCGCUGAUGCUGCGAGGAGGGGGGCAGAUACAGCAGAAAAAACACAGGACGGCUGCGGAAAUCAUGCGGGGAAAGCACAAGAUUGACGUGAAAGAGCGGGGCGGGAACGGGGAUGCGGUAGACUACAGGUAGUAGGUGGAACUAGAAGUACGUUCUACUUCCGUUGUAGCUGAUCAUCGUCGAUCUGAAGAUGUAGUUGAAUGAUCGCUCAGUGGUAGCCUUUGGUUUGAAGUUUUUUUCUUUCACCACGCAGCUAAUAUUGGUCUAUGUAUUUCAAGUUCAUCAACGUCAACUUAUACUACCAUCAUUAUCAACCCAGACUCUGGAUGCAGCUGCUGGUCUACGACCUACAUGGCGCGAGCACUCCAGACCACUUCACUGCGGCAAACCAGCUCUCCUCGGAAGAAACUUUACGUCAAUUCCACCUGAUUUUGACCAGCAAGAAAAUCCCGCACGUCCUGUACUCCCACAUUUACCACCCGACGCAAGUUGGGCUGCUCUUCUGGUCCCAAGACCCGUCGUACUUCGUGAAGCACGUAAAUCCAUUGUUGCAACACGGGGACACGUAUGCAUCGCAAAAGCAUCUUCAUCGCGCCCGUGGUAAUGGCAUAUUAUCCAUGAGAGAUUUGGCAUUCCAUCUGGUGUGGCAUUACAAAUUCCAACUUUCCCUCUGGAACAUACAAUUCGUAUUGCAAUUUGUACUACGUCCGAUGCUUUUGCAUUGCAUAACACGAAAGCGCGGUUGCUGCACACCAUGUUCGGCAAAACCUACUCCAACGGCCACGAACAAUAUGAGAGUGCACAACUGCCCCUCCCCGUCAUUCGUAAUGCAAAGUACCAAACUCACACCUUGCUCGUAAGCACUGCUACCAUGACAAAUUUUGGAACCUCAAAUAGUACUACAAUCUGCGCGCAGAUUUGUCAUGCGAAAGCCCCUAUCCUGCUGUUGCUUGUGUUGCUGUUCAUACCAGACAAAUGAGGGGGAGGGGGAGUUGUGCACCCUCAAAAACAAGAUUUGGAUUACGCGUUGUUGCAAAAGCCGGUGAAGAUGGCGAUGAAAAAGGAGCACGAGUAUUGCAUCUGGUACCCGCUUAUCCACUGCAAAAGUAUCGUGCUCGUAGUAAUUGCAAUUAUGCAUGACAAAUCUCUUUCUACUCAAGGUGAAUCAGCAUGAGAAAUUUCAUUUGUAAUGCUGAUCAAAUUUGUCAUGCAAUUUAUACUAGUGCGUGUGCGAUACUUUUGCACUGUAUACCGCUGCGAAGGUGCGGAAAAUUCUAUCUAGAGGAGCCGGAAGCGCAGUGCGAGAUGUUGUUGGAGCACGCGCUGUAUCAAAUGCAAAAAUGUCUGGGUCUGGAAGAGUGCAGAAGUUUGUCGUGCAGAUUUUGCAGGGCCCACGAGGUCUGUGAUGCAUGCCCCAGCAUCAGAGAUUCUGCGAGGGCUUUCUAAUGCUCAUGCCGCAUGAGAAAUACCCUCUCCGCGUAGCACAAAUUGCGCCUCUUUAUUUCCUGUUCAUGCAAUACAGAUUUCAUGUAGAGUCCAAAAGUAGCAUCACAAGUUGCAUCCUUCCAGACCCAGACACUUUUGCAUUUGAUACGCUGAUUGGCAGAAGUUACGGGGAAAAGAACUUGGCGCAUGAUAUCAGGCUGCAGGCUACAGGUGAAGUUGGAUUUUGACAUUUAUUUUGUAGUCGUGUGAACAAGAAGAAGAUCAGCAUCAGCAUCAGACAUAGUUAGAGCAGUUUCAAUUUCCGGUAUCACAGAACAAAACAUGCCCUGUCAUGCUGAAAUUGCAUGAAGAUGAACAAAUUGAAAGACACAAAUCAAACACCAGGUCUCGAUGAGAAGGACAACGAGUUUGUCAUAGGGCUUGUGGGAAAGCAGCUCCAUCCCCUGGCCAAAGUGAUCCAGGACAUGCGGAAGACCCGGCACACAUCCGAAUUCAUCGAGUCUCUUGGCCCGUUUUUCGUCGGGUUAUCCAAGAAAAAAACGUUGUUACUGUAAGUUUGUGAUGCGCGACAUGCAAGAUGAUUGCGUCUGUCAUGCUGGGAAUGCGUUGUAGGGUCCAUUCGGCCGCGUUUUCCGGUACUAUCUGCGCAUGACAGGUUUUGCUCUCAUGCCACAGAGAUUUGUAAUGCUGUUCCUGCAAAAAAGUUACUUUACACCUACAAUCUUUUUUUCUUGGAUACGGGUUGAAGGCUUUUCAGUGGCCCCCAGCACUCGACGAAUCGUUCGGCGCUUCGGGUAUGAAUUGCAAAAGUAUCCUCGCACUCGUCGUUCUCGUACUGAUUGUGAUAGAAAAAAAACUGCAUGACAAAUCCACUUGCUAUACCUGGAUCAGCAUGACAAAUUCCGGUUCCGCUCCUUUUUAGCAAAUUUGUAAUGCUAUCAAAUUGAAAGCUAGUAGAUGUAGAAACAGAAAGUAGAAGUAGUUGUAAUGAGAAAAUGCGAUAGGUGGAUACUUUCGAUCUGCAUAAUCAUCCCUUUACAACAGUCGGCCUUCGGUGUUCACCAAACGGGCGUGGAACAGCAGGCCGGACCGACGGCAGAACAAACGUUGAAUGAGGCAGAAGCGGUCGAUAGUAACGUCCCAGCCGGAUUUGGCACGCCAGUGCGGAUGCGGGUACCACCCCCGCCCGUGUCAGUUUCGGCAACGAAAGGGACGAAGGACGGCGAAGAAGAAGUUGAUGAAACUUCUGCAGCAGGGGGAUCUUCUUCGUCCGACAAUAACGAAGCCGCCACCUCCGCGGGCACCAGCACAGCGGGCGGAAAUAGCAGCGUAGCGAAUCGUCGUCCGUGUCCGUCAUCAACUUCAGAAAAAGACGAUCCUCCUUCCGAGAAAGAAGAAAUCAAACCCACAGGCGGGGGUUGUCCCUUCGCAGCAAAGGCCCGGGCGCGCCGGGCGGCGGAGGCGGCAGCGAAGCAGGCGAAAGAAGAGGAAGAGAAGGAGAAAAGUAUCACGGAAGAAACGUUGAAAAAAAUCAAAAAUGCCUUCGUCACGGAGAAAUGAACAAAACUUCAGGGCUGAAAAGUUUCUUUACGGCGAACUGUGACUCGUGGAGAAGGCAUGAGCAAACGUGUGUAGAAUCAAGAGCCCCUGCGACAAGAUUCAGUUCUUGUGGGCAUGGUGAGUCUUACGCUUACCUCAGUAAUAUUGCAGAUAAAGUUGUUUUCAAUUUCAUCUAUGUAAGUUGUACAUGGCUCGACCUCGACGCUCACGCUCAAACGAUUAUACAGCCCAUCACUCUCAUCUCUCGCCUCAAUGCCCAUUUUUUUUGCGGUUCAAUGUCAAAGCCAUAACCUCGUAGCAGCUGGGUUGCUCUCAACAUCCGUGUAUAUUGAUUGAACUUCUAGUACCAAGAAUAAGGCUGCUUUCCGAGGAAAAGCCUUCAGAUGACCACAACAAUAGCCAGUUCAAAAUGAAAAAACUAAGACCGCAACUGUGCCAUAGGAGGGUUUGAAUUUUAUGUGAACAAAGUAGAAUCAUGUGAAGUAGUUCUAGUACUAGUAAAUGAAUCGCAAGAUGAGCACCCGAAAGGAAAUAAAACACUAACAAGAUGUCGUGACUUCAAGCCCCAUCUUCACCUCCUGGAGGGAAGUUGUGAAAAGAGCACUAGUGAUGUCCACCUUCUAGGAUAAAGACACAGUAACAACGAACUAACCGCUUGUCUCAUGUGAUUUUCAUCUUUUUCCUUGUGGACUGGAUGUGCUGUAACCUGUGGC